GCACUUUCUUUUGGUUGCCACUCAACUUUUCCUCGCUUUCAUGCUUCUCUUUCGUUGCAUAUCGCUGCGCGUGCAAACGGUGCCGUUUUCGCGUCUCUUCUAAGCACGCGAGCUCACUCUUCCGCUGACGUAGCGCCGAAGGUCUGGCCGACGUGGGCUUUAUUAUUUUCGUUGCUGUUGCUGCUUAGCCUCAACUGGGUCGCUACGGAUUCUCACAACUUUGGCUUUGUCUGCUCAUUUGGUCCUCGUUGACUUUCAUGUCUUUUUCUUUUCUUCUGUCGUCGUCUAGGAACACUGUUGUAUACUUGUUGUGGUUUCAGUGAAAGUAUUACCGCCUCUUCCGGCGGCGAUCACGCGCACCCCCUCCCCCCACUCCGGUAGACAAAGGUGGAAACGGAGCCGACGACUGGCAUGGUGACCUUUGACAGCGUCUCCCCCGACACGGCUGUGGUGACCCCCGUGCCAGCCAAAGUCUUUCGCUACGUGCAGACAUGGCUUCCCUUCGCCUUACAGGGCCUGGCCGUGCUCCUCUACGCCGUCAUCCUCUGCAUCAACGACAACACGCGCCACGCACACGCCGCCAAGCUACUGCUGCUCUUCUGUUUUCUUCUUGUGCUGCUCGCGAGUUUUCUGCGCCGGUUGUCGCCCUUCCUUUUCAGCGAGAUCGGCUGCUACCGCUACGACCGCGUGAGCGGCGUGGUGACGCGUCUGCUGCCCAACACACGGCAGUCGUGGAUUGCCGUCAUGACGCUCGCCGUGGUAACGAUGGGCCUGCCGCUCUAUAUGUACCUCUUUACCCACUACACGUGCGAGAAGUACGUCUACGGUUUUGCCAUGUUCAGCCUGUCAAGGAGUCCGUGGAGCAUCUUUUUCGCCGCACCCAUUGGGCUGCUGCUGUGCGGCGCGGUGAUGUGCAUCUGCGGCGCUCUUGUGAUGCUCCCCCUUGGCGGCCGUAACGCGCUCUACGUGGCGGAGUGGCAGAAUCGCUUGCGGGUGUGGAUUCGACUCGUCUCGUGGCUUCCGCUUACGCUGCUGCUGCUGACUCUCUUUCUUUGCGGUCGUGCGCUGCAGUGUAAUGGGCCGCUUGGUCGCUUCGGCCUCUCCGCUGACUCUGCUGCUUGUCGCACAGGGCUCAGUUUAUUGGGAGGUUGCGUGGUGUGGCUUUUCAUUGCGGUUGCUUACAUUGGCUUGGAUGUGGGGCUGGGGUACGUGCGUUUCUUAGGCGGUGGACCGAUCGGCUACUACGCACUGGAGCCACGGGUGGAUGGGCUUUUCUGUGAGCUUCUUGUCUGGACGCUGAAGGUGACGGCGGCGAUGGUGACGCUGGUGGACCCCAUCGCGGCGGACCUCGCCGUCGCCGUGCUCUUUUCGGGUCUCUUUGCUUUUGCCUGCUUCCGUCACACCGCGACGGUGGAAGUCUUGGAGGAGCUCAUCCGCUGCUCGGUUCUGACGGUGGCGGUGACCUGUGUCGUUUCGCUGUGUGUGACGUCACAGCGCAUCCCCGCAGUGGUGACGGGGCUCGUGGUGCUGCUGUGUUGGGUAGGAACCGUGGGUGCUGCGACUGCGUUUUAUUUGCGCCGCUUUGGCUGGGCGUUCUUCGGCAGCGGGCGUGAAGUCACGGCGGACAUCAUUGUAUUGUAA